AUGUCUUUACCUCCAAAUUGGAAAGCUUUACCAAGAAAGAUAAUAUAUCACACGAAAUUCUCAACUUUAUCUGAAAUAUCAGAAGAAUCCAAUGCUUAUCCAACAAAUUUUUACAUGAUUAAAUCAACACCAAAGGAUUUGGCUCUACCUCCUCAUAAUCCAGAUUUUGAAUUGAAUGCUUUGAAAAAACUAAAUAAGGAACCAAGAUUAAAUGUUUUACAGUUAUUAGAUUAUGAUUCAGAACAAGGUGAAGAUGGGGAAGAAAUUCAUAUUUUAUUUUUGCGAUAUGAUAUAAAUUUAGCAGAGUAUUUGAAGAAGCAUUUUAAAAAUAAAAAAGCCUUUAAUGCUUAUUAUCAAUUGGAUAAAGACAGAAUUAAUUCUUUCCCGAUAACAAGAAUGAAAAAUAUUUUCGAUAUAAAUCAUCAUGCUUUGGAUUUUUUUAGACAACUAUUAGACGGAUUAGAAUACAUCCAUAAACAAGGUAUCAUCCAUCGUGAUAUCAAACCACAAAAUAUUCUUAUUAAUUCUUCUAUGGGAAACUCCAUAACUUUAGUAAUAUGUGAUUUUGGAAUUUCCUAUGAUACUCAAUGUGACGCACAAAUAAAGCAAGAGCCAUUAGAUAAGAAAAUAACAGAUGUCUCAACUGGUAUAUUUAAAGCACCAGAGUUAUUAUUCGGAGUACGAAAUUAUACUGAAAAAAUCGAUAUUUGGUCAUUACUAAUAUUGGUUUCUCAAUGGUUUCAAAAGGAAGCAACUAAUCUAAAUUAUUUACCUGCUAUGAUUGAAGAUGGUACAAAUUCAGAGAGCAAUGGUAGUGAUAUCAAAUUAGUCUUGUCCAUUUUUACCAAAGUAGGCAUUCCUUCAGGGAAAGAAUGGCCAGAAGUUAUGAAACAUGGUUCAGCAGAUGCAUUUGUUGGUAUGUUCGGUGAAAAUGGUGAUGAUUCUUAUAUAUUAAAUGAAUCAAAAGAACAGAUAGAAAACACUAUAAUCGGAAUGAUGCCAAGAUUGUUAGAUCUUAACGAUGAACUGCUAAGGAAAACAUUUAUAAAAUGUUUUGUUGGAAUGAUAUCCUUAGAAUCAUCAAUAAGAUGGUCUUGUACAAGAAUUUUGCAAGAAUUAGAUAAACUUUUAUAA